CUCAUUUAUAAAACCAACCUUUAUUAGGCCUCAAGAAGACAAAGCUGUCUUCACAGAGCUCAACGUCCAUUGGAGAAUUUAUUUAUCAUGUUUCCCCCACUGGAAUGUGAGUUCUGAUGAAGACAGGGGCCUUGUUUCCUGGUUGCUGCUCUAUUUACAGCACUUAGAAUAUUGCCUGGACCAAAAUACAUUAUUGCUAAAUAAAUACGUGUUGAAUAAACAAAUGAAUGUGUAUGAGGGGCAGGCAAAUCAGGGACCUGUGAAAGGCAGUACGGCCCCCAUGGCUGCUGCUGGGACCACCAUCCCCUCACCAAACCCUAGCCAGUCCUUGUCCCUCAGCCUCUGGAAGGGGUGGUUCUCCCCAGGACAAAUUUGAGCCAUUGUUUUGGUUGGUUGGUUGGUUGGGGUUUUUGCAAAUUAGGAGUCCACCUAGUGGUCACUGGGGAAAGGAUAUGGCAUGCAAUGAAAGAAACAGCAUCUCCUGUUGUUAGUUCCUUGUCCAUAAACUUAAUAGAAUUGUUGCAGUCUCUCUAUAUAUUUUCUUUUAUGGGGGGGGGGAGGAGUAUCCCAGAUUCUCAAGGAAUCAGGGCCCCAAUUGCUAAGAAGACACUUCCUAGCUCCCCCAGUUCAUGAAUUCUUGCUCCAUCUCUCACUCUGAUGCUCCCUCACAGCCUGGCAGUCCCUGAGUUUAUUCCUGACCAAUCCUGUCUGGUGGGAUUCCAGAGCCAUCACUUCUAUCCCUAGCUUUGGGCUUCCCAUUUCCCAGUGUUGGAAUAUUUCUCAGGCCUGCUGACUGUGACCUUAGGCAAGUCGCUUGUCCCAGUUCCCUCAUCUGCAGAAUAGGAAGGGUAAUUCUCACCUAAAAUCGUUGUGAGGAUUUAAAUAAAACACGCCUGCAAAAUGCUGGCCGCAAUUUGUGGCCUAUAGUACACAUUCAGUAGGUGCUGGAGAUUUCAACUUGUCGGUUCCCUCUUGUCGGUUGCCUCCUCCCCUGGCACUGGAAGCCUGUCUCCCAGAGAAGAGAGUACAGUCUGCAGAGUUCCGGGAGCGGAUUAGUAUUUGGUUUCACUUAAUCUGGGUGGCCCUUCCGCAAUCGGAGCCCUCCUAGGGGAAGAAGUGGUAUAAACCUCUUUAAGGGGCCAGGGCUCAGAGACUGAGGGAUGGAGCGGGGUGCGGGAGCCAAACUGCUGCUGUUGUGGGCUACGUGCUUCGGACACGCACAAGCAGAUGAGUUGAGUGGCCACACGUCAGUCAUCGAGGUGACGAACGGGGGCCCCUGGGGCGACUGGGCCUGGCCCGAGAUGUGUCCCGACGGAUUCUUCUCCAGCGGGUUCUCGCUCAAGGUGGAGCCCCCACAAGGCAUUUCUGGAGACGACACGGCAAUGAACGGGAUCCGGCUGCACUGCGCGCGGGGGCAUGCGGAACUCAACACUCGUGUGGUGGAGUCUCAGUCUGGAAGGUGGGGCGCGUGGAGCGAGCCGCUGUGGUGUCCCGACGGAGGCUUCCUCGUGGCUUUCUCGCUUCGUGUGGAGGCACCCAUGACCCCUGGGGACAACACGGCUGCGAACAAUGUGCGCUUCCGCUGCUCUGAUGGCACAGAGCUAGAGGGGCCUGGCCUGGCCUGGGGAGAGUUUGGAAACUGGAGUGAGCCGUGUUCUAAAGGCCUGUGCGGUUUGCAGAUCAAGAUCGAGCAGCCUAGAGGUCUCCGCGAUGACACCGCAGUUAAUGAUGUGCGUUUUUUCUGCUGCAGCAGUUGACCCUUCGCUGUCCUCUCCCCGGCCCCACCUCAGGCUGGUCCCACCCUCAGCUAUUAAAGCUUCUCCGUCUUGGC